AAUCUAAUGUAAACAUAAAUCAGAGAGAAGCUGUACAACUGAGCUUGAGUCACGAAUCCAUCGACAUGGAAGUACUGAGCUCAGUUCUCUCCAUAUUACCGGCCUAUUGGAUCUAUAUUUUGCUAAUAUGUCUUGUCAUUUACUGGGGAAUCGCUCCRUACAGGCGAUCUGUCGUAGUUGCUCAAGUYGGAGACCUUCCAGGUCCAACUCCAUUACCGUUUUUAGGUAACGCCUUGGAUUUGUUCGUUUAUAAAGGAGAAAUACACUUACAGUUCGAUCACUAUUACAAGAAGUAUGGUCGCCUUUUUACAACGUUUCUAGCGAGUAGAGACCCAUGCAUUGUGAUGGGCGACAUCGAAAUGGUUAAGGAAUUGUUGGUGAAGGAGUUUCAGAGCUUUCACGACCGUCCCUCGAUUGUGAAGUUUUCCAAGCCUUUGGACAGCAUGAUGACAUCCGCUACUGGCCAAACAUGGCACCGUAUUCGUACCACCUUGUCACCAACAUUUAGUGGUCACAAAAUGAAAGUGAUGGUUCCAUURUUAAACAAGUCCUGUGAUGUACUGAUCAAGAAACUACAAGAUGCUGAAAAAUCUGACCAGUCCGUCAAUGUAUACAAAUUUUUUCAAGGCUUAACCAUGGAAACAAUAUUGUCAUCAUUUUUUGGCAUGGAAUCAAAUGCCCAAAUGGAUGACAAUGACGUUGCCUAUGUUGCUUCKCGUAAAGCACUGAACAUCAGUGUAUGGAAAAGGGUGAUAUUAUUCGUGUUGUUGAGUUUGCCUUGCAGCAAUUACCUGCAGGAACUUCCCCUAAUGGAGAAUCUGUUAAUUGGUUCAAUYGGAGAACUCUCGGGUCUUUCCAAGGGCAUUAUUGAACUGAAGAAAAAGACCGCAAAAGGAAAGGAAAAGGAUUUUCUAGACAUGAUGUUGGCAAGUGCAAGCAAUACCGACUUACCAGAAGAAAAACGACUGAGUGAGGACGAAGUGCUGGCACAAAGCAUUAUCUUCAUGGUUGCUGGAUAUGAGAACACAGGCAACCCACUCUCUUUGGUCUGUCAUCAUCUAGCCACUACUCCUGGCAUUCAGGAAAAGGCACAAGAAGAAAUUGAUAGCAUAUGGAGUGACAUGGRCCAGCCACUAUCUUAUGACAUGGUUAAUUCCAUGAACUACCUGGAAAUGRUCAUCUCUGAAAUACUUCGUCUUUAUCCUCCAGGCUUUAUUCUUUCUCGAAUCGCAACCAAAGACUGCACCAUAAAAGGCUUUCCUAUCAAAAAAGGAACAAGCAUAUUCGUCCCAGUCUACAGCAUCCAACGCGAUCCAGAGUAUUACGACAAUCCCGACAAGUUUGACCCAGAACACUUCAGUGCCGAAGCAAAGCAGUCACGUGAUCCCUACGCUUACAUGCCGUUUGGUCAUGGGCCUCGUAACUGUAUCGGGAUGAGGUACGCGUUAUUUCAGAUGAAGAUCACCAUUGCAAGGAUUUUGAAACAGUUCAGCUUCGUGGCUGGUCCAGAAACCAAGAUCCCUCCCGAGGUGACCCUGAGRACAAUCUUGGGCUGUGGAAAAGACGGAAUUCAUCUGCGGGUCAAGAGUAGGCAAUGAGAGACUGCGAAUUGUUUUUUUGCUGUUUUUUAGAUACGAUUAGAAAGCCGAAAGAGGCAGUAUAAAAAUAAUCAAUAACAAAAUAAUUUCAUCUCUACUUCACCACCCUACGUUUGGUCUUGACGCACAAAAUUAAAAAAUAAAAAAUAAAUAAAAAAAUACUUUAUACUUUUACACUAUUUUACUAAGCAAAAUAGUAUGAAAUUUUACUAGGUAAUUAUUGUGGUUUCAAAAGCCUAGAUUAUCUUAUUAUCUUAUAUAUCUCUUUUAAGAAAAAAAAAAGCUAUUAUGAAAUAAUAGAAUAGCACUUAAGAAAUCAUGACAUAAGCCUAAACUAUACUUUAUACGUCACAUCCGUGUUUUGUUCUGACUGUUUGAUUGCAAAUAAAUGCACAUAAAAACAAAAUUAACUAUAAAA